GAUCAGUCAACGUUUCCAACAUGGCCGAUGUUAAUAGCAGGUUACUAUGAGUGCUCUCUAUUUGCAGAUUUUCUUUGUAGGAUAUCUCAAACACGGGGAGUGCGUUCACGAGAGGGAAAGCGCGUUACCGGUAGUGAUGUGCGGGUGCUAAAAGUGACGUUUCCGUGUGCCGUGGUCUCACUUCAACGACAGUGAAUGUAGGCCAUGAGAAGUGGGCCAGCUCUCAGUUGGGUCGUUUCGGUGGCGGAGGUGGUGGAGGCGGUGGCGGCGGCCGGUGUUGUUUCUGUGGACUGUGAGCAGCAAAACCAGCUCGAGAAGUGUCACUCGUGCGGCGAGUUCAGAUUCAGCGGUGCGAAUUCGUCGUAUCCGUGCUCACCUCCGGACCAAGGUGCAGUGGGAGCAGACGUGCCUAGAGCCGGUGUGUUUUGGUCGGCGACGGAAACCACGGAGGCUGUUGCGACGGCGUCACAGUGGUGCCGCGGCAGGGCAACAGGAGAGGACGAGGACCACGGGAGCUACGUCGAUAAUACCAUCAGCGAAGACGGUGAGAUCGGCGGCAACGGGGACGACGAAUGCCUCCGCUAUUGACGACGUCCAUGGAACGCAGCAAACCGGCGGCGUACUGUAGUAGCAAUGGCCGCGAGGACGUGUACACGACGAGCACCGCGCAACAGACCAGCAACAGCAGCAGCCCCGUCAAGCCCGGGGGCGGUCCCACCUCUUACAGCAGCAGCUGCUCGUCGACGCCGCGCAAGGUGGCCAGCUCCACCUCCUCGGGCGCCGAUCCGCACUCCUUCUGGACGGCGCUGUACGAUUACGACGCCCAGGGCGAGGACGAGCUCAGCCUGCGGCGGGGCGAGCAGGUGGAGGUGCUGUCAAAAGACUUCAAGAUCUCGGGUGACGAGGGCUGGUGGACGGGCAAGAUCGGCGACAAGGUGGGGAUCUUCCCGGCUAACUUCGUCACCAACAACGGCGGCGUGCUAGCGGAGCGCGUCGCCAGCGUCAUCGGCGACUCUGUGCAGCCCGUCGAAAUCAACUUCUCCGAGCUGGAGCUGGAGGAGGUGAUCGGCGUGGGCGGCUUCGGUAAGGUGUACCGCGGCUUCUGGCGCGGCCAGGAGGUCGCCGUCAAAGCGGCGCGCCACGACCCCGACGAGGACAUCGCCGUCACGCUGGACAACGUGCGCCAGGAAGCGAAGCUGUUCUGGCUUCUGGAGCACGAAAACAUCGUGUCACUGAAGGGCGUGUGCCUGCAGCUGCCCAACCUGUGCCUGGUGAUGGAGUACGCGCGGGGCGGCUCUCUCAACAGGGUUCUGGCAGGCCGUAAGAUCCGCCCCGACGUGCUCGUCGAUUGGGCCAUCCAGAUUGCCCGCGGCAUGAACUAUCUGCACAACGGCGCGCCCGUCUCCCUCAUCCACCGCGACCUCAAGUCCUCUAACGUGCUGCUGAGCGAGCCGAUCGAGAACGACGAGCUGCAGUUCAAGACGCUCAAGAUCACCGACUUCGGGCUGGCGCGCGAGGUGGACAAGACGACGCGCAUGUCGGCGGCCGGCACGUACGCCUGGAUGGCGCCCGAGGUCAUCAAGACGUCCACCUUCUCCAAGGCCAGCGACGUCUGGAGUUACGGUGUUCUCCUGUGGGAGCUGCUCACCGGAGAAACACCAUACAAAGGCAUUGACACCCUGGCGGUGGCAUAUGGAGUGGCAGUCAACAAGCUGACGUUACCCAUCCCUAGCACCUGCCCUGAACCGUGGCGGGAUCUCAUGGAAGCGUGCUGGAAUUCUGACCCACACAUGAGACCUUCAUUCGAAGACGUCCUCCUAGCACUCGACGCAAUAAUGCAUUCUGCAUUCACUCAGACACCCCAUGAGAGUUUCCACACCAUGCAGGAAGACUGGAGGCAAGAGAUAGAGCAAGUCCUCCAUGGAUUGCGGAUGAAGGAAAAAGAGUUGCGGUGUCGUGAGGAGGAGCUGACGAGGGCACAGAUGCAGCAGAAACUAGUGGAGGAACACUUGCGUCGUCGCGAGCGAGAGCUGGAGGCACGUGAGAUUGACUUGCUGGAGCGUGAGCUCCACAUCAUGAUCAUCCAGCAGACAGCACAAGCCCAGCAGGCACCGACACCCAAGAGGCGCCGUGGAAAGUUCAAGCGCAACCGCUUGCUGCGCUCUUUGAAGAAAGAACCUGGCCAGAUCAGCUCACCUUCAGGUUUCCGGCACACCAUUACUGUGCAGCACACGGCACUGGACCGUAAACCUCGAAACCCUUCGAGUCCAAACAGUCCACCUGGAUCGCCCAGCAUUCCGAGGCUUCGAGCAAUUGCACUCCCAGCCGACGGGGUGAAGGGUAAGACGUGGGGUCCCAGCACGUGCCACCAGCGGGAGCGCGGCCAGAUCAUCUCGCGCGUCGUCGACGGCCAGAAGCGCUGGAGCCGGAGCGCGCCCGACCUGGAGAAGCGCACGGCCCUGCACGCAAUAGACUACGGAAUGCCGGACCCUGACCGGGCACCACCGGAAUACGUGUCGGCUUCAGGCCCGCCGGUGAGUGGAUCGGGGGCGGGUCCCCCCUACCUCCUACCGGCAGCAGCACUCUACUUCGACGGUCUGGCCGCGACUGGUGCGGGCCGCUCCGGGAAGCUGUCCAUCAUCGAACUGGUGCUGUGCAACGUGGCAGCCAUGCUGGCAGGGGUCGCAGCAGGGUUCGACAUCAGGCUUGCCAAUGCCGCCACUCUGCAUCCACGCCUAGUGUCAGACAGGUCGGGUGAGGAGACUUCAGAGCGUGGCCGCUGGUGGUACCACGAACGAAGUGGUGGCAUCCCGCCGCACCUGUCACCCGACUACGAGUUCUCGACUGCGUCGGGCUACUCUCAUAACACGUACCACGGCCCCACACGGCACUCCCGGCCGGCUCUCGAGGAUGCGAGGCCACUGCGGUUUACGGAUUCUCCCCAGCACCUCGCCGCCCAGCCGCAGCAGCUGUCACCGAGGAGGAAGUCGUCGAGCACCAGUAACGAGGGCAGCGAUAUGUAUCCGCCCCCUCCACCUGCACCUUCUGGGGGGAUGCUGGAGCGGCACUAUGCAGACUACGAGGACCUUCCGCCUCCACACAUCCUCCCACACCACUAUGCGAGCUACCAGCCGCCCCCGUACCCACACUACGUACCUGCAGCACACCAUUAUGCGGACCGUAUGUACCCUGAAUUUGCGACUGGUGCCAGCGCCACGCCCCCGACGGGAGGGUCUUACGGCUACCACGAGAUGCAGCCUUACGAUGGGAGCCGUGCCGUUUACGAGGGCAAUCGCACGCCGGUCCUCGGCCGCAGCGGUCCCAGGCACCGACGGACACCGUCGAACGUCUCGAAUGCGUCGUCCACCACGAACAGUGCCGGCGGAGUGAACCCCAGCUUCAGGCUGGAGGACGAGGGCGAGUACGGAGCGCCUGCCCCCCACUACCCGCCCCUGCAACUCCAGUACUACCACCGCAGGCAGGCCCUGCCACCACCGGCGACGGGUCCGGACUACGAGCACGCUCCGCCGCCCUACUUCUCUCGCCAGAACUCCUACGACUCGAACGCCUCUGCCGAGAGACCCGGCACGCUCGAAGUUCGACUGAGGUCCAGUUUGCGCAGGUACAACUACUCACCAUCAACGGCCCCUUCGACGCCACGCCUGGGAGGCGGCGGUAGCUGCUCCCCGAAGGUCCCACCACCGGGCAGUAGUGGGGGCGGAGGAGGGGGUUCCUCAUCGUCAGGCGGGGCCGGGACGCCAACCAACCCAACACCUCCUGACAGCUUGACAAGUGAGGACAGCAGCUACGUGUCUGCCAAGGAGGGCAGCUGCUCAUCAACGGCCGGGCCACGUGUCCGCUUCUCGCCUGUCAUGCAGCACGGUGGAGGUGUUGGCGGGAACAGCUCAUCGGGAAGUGGUGUGGGACUGAUGGAUGCCCCUGUGCAGGACUCGACAGUCCCAUUGCCGGUCUCACGGAGGAAUGCCCCCUACCACCGCAAACCUUCCGUCUCCGAACUGGAACGAGAAUUCCUAUCGUAGCGGCGGCCCCAGGCCCUGAUACGGGCGACCGGUCCUCUGAGUGGAACAUAACUCCCCGUGUGGCGUUCCUAAGCUUGCCUAUCCUUCCUCACGUUCUGGGAGGAAGUCGUAUUUGAUUCAGACACUACCUUUACGUUUUCAGUGGCCACUCGUUGAGUGCGUUUCUGUGGUAAAUGUAGGUUUGAAGAACUGUUAUACUUCUUUUUUUUAGAAAAGUGUGCUUUGCCUGCUGCUAAGUGCUGUUUUUGAAGAGUGGAGAUGUGUAAUGCUUGUUUUGUAAAUUGUGCCCUCACAAUGUUUGGCAGUGUAGUAGGUGCACUGGACUUUAUAUUAUGAUAAGAAAGUUUCUCCUGCACAGGCAAAAUAGUCAGUUGUAAACACAUCUGUGACUUUUUAUGUCACAAGCCAGAAGUUGUGUGUUGUAUGUCUCAUUUUGUAAAUUGAACACACACAACAGGCCUGUAUCAUAUGUAAGUAAUAUUUUGGUUGACAUUAGGUUCAACACUGUAAUCCUUGUUUGCAUUUCAUCAGAGCUCUGUCAAGAAUCUCUGCCUGCUAAAUUUUAUCAUGAAAUCUGCAAAAUUAAGAAUGUGUACUGCUCUUGAGGUUGUUUAUAAAACUGAAAUUGCCAAAUUACAUAUAUACAGUCAUUUGAGCAUUUUUAUAAUGAUUCAUCUCACGUAUUUGCAUUGCUUCUUGAGGGAUAAGAGUUAAGUUCACUCGAGAAGAGAUAUGGUACAUCACUAAUGUGGAUGUGACUUUAGGAUUUAUGUAAAUAUACAUGAAGUAUAUGGAGAGGGGAGGGUGGGAAAGGUGAGAGGGAAGAUGGAAUUUUAACUCAUUUUAGAGACUGGAGUUCUUUUUCUAGUAGACAACUUACUGUCUAUGAGAUACACAGAACAUAAACAGUAGUUACUUCUAAGCUUGCUGACAGAGAGAGAGAAUUUGGACAUGGAUACUCAUAUUGGUGUGUUAUAUGAUAAGAAUUGCAGAUCAUGUUUCUCAAGUAUCAGAAAGGUUGCACAGAAUAUGCAGAGUUCUUUCUGUUCCAUUGUAAUGCUGUGACAAUUGGUGAUUUAACAUUGUCAGGGGCCACCAAAAGUUAUUUAAAAUUUUAGGAACCAGAACAGGAAUUUGCAGGUACUGCCAAGGUUAGUUUUUAUGAAUCACUGGAAGAGCUCAGAUCUGCAAAAAAUAAUAAUCCUCCCAAACUUCCAGGCUGUUAGUGAAACUAAAUGUUUUAUGCUUGACAUUGGAAAAUGAUCAAGAAUCUUUUUCGAUAUAUAAUUUUAAAUUUGUCUUUCUUGGUCUGUGAGCAGAGAUUUGAAGUUAUAGGGCUUAACAAUGGUCAGAAAUAAAAUUCUAUGAACACUGUACCUCAUUACUAAUGCUUUGUGCAUGGAGAGAGACAUUAAUACUUUAGUUUGGUAGAUUAUAUAGCCUUCACGAAUUUCAAAUUCUAAAUUUGUUUUUAUUGUUGGCAGAAUAACUGCACACAACUGUACAGGGUCAUUGUGUGCCUGCUGGUAUUUGUAUUUACCGUUUGAUGAAAAUAUAUUUGCAGUUUUGGUAGUUAUUUAGUUACUACAUUAUCAGAGAUGGAUAAAGUGAAACAAACUCACUGUGAGGCCCACUCUGUUAAGUUACAGCAUAUUAAAAAUAUUGUAUAAAGUCAGACACCACCUUGCUUCUAUCUCUCUCUGUUGCUAAAGCAAACUGGUCAUUCUUUCCACACUUCCUUUCUUGCAUUGCAACUCUCUCUAAUAGAGCAGUGCAUUUGAAAGGACUGAUUAAAAAUGUUUGAUAGCAAUAAUUUUCUAAGGUCAUUGUUAUUUGUGUAUGUUAAAAAUUUUGUAAUGCAAAGCCAUUUGACAUUCCUGUAAAUGUUGAGAAUGAGCAUUCAGUAUUAGCUGUAACAAGAUAUGUGUGACAAAAGACGUGUUAUUCUUUGUGCCAAUAAGUAUAAGUAUUCUCUUGUUUGCAAAUAAUUUCAGCCUGAUUAGUUUCUUGACUAAUUCUUGAUAUGGUACUGGAAAAUACUGGGUGGAAUACAAAACAAUGGAAUGUAUAAAGAUAACCACUGACAGUACAGUGGAGAUGUGCAGAAGAUAGAUAUGUAUGCAUGAACUGUAAAAAAAAGAUAACUCAGCAUAUGAACUUUGGUUCUUCCUCAGAGCAGACAGACACAUACCUACUCACAUACAUCCACACUGGUGUAAUGUCACAAAGAAUCCAUAUGUGCAUAAAUGUUGCAUGCUUUGAAGAAUGAAAUUUCAUAAAAUGAACUAUCCUUUUCUACUUAUUGUUUUUAUGCCUGUAACCAGUCAAUACACCCACUAUACUAGUUCCAUUGUCUUUAUACAUUUCUUAACUAAUUAUUUAAAUUUAAUUAUUACAUUAUGUGCAACUAUAUUGACACUUUGAAAGGUUCUGUCAGACAUUUAUUUCUACUGUUUCCAUCUAAAGUUGUUGUGUAGAGCCUGAAAUCAGUAUUUUGACUUUGGAUGUGCAGUAUGUUGAACUACAUAGACUUCAUUUUGGAUUGGGCUAAUUAUUGUUAAUGUUUAACUAAGCUAAGUACCCAGACACUUGAAAUGGUUUUGGUCUUUGAAAUAACUGACGUGGGAAAAUACGCAUUUGUUGAUACUGAACAUUCAGCUGCAACUGAUAAGUGAUUUUAAAUUGGCAAGUAAUAUUGAUAAGCUUUAAUAAUCAGGUUUAAUGAAUGGUAAUGUAACUGCAAGAAUGAGACCUGUUUUCCCCCUUUCGCCUGUGAAUUUCACAAGUACGGAACAAGUGUCACGAUAAUAUGACAUCGAGAUUGUAUUCUUAAGGUAUGGUAUUCUCUGUAUGUAAGUAUAUAUUAUUGUGAUGAUGUUAAAUACACAUAAAUAUGGCUUCCAGGUAAAGUAUUUUCCAUAGUGACAUUCCAGAAAAUUGUAACACUUGAGUUUUAAUGUAUUAUGAAAUCUGUUCAUGUUGUUAUAUCUCAGAAGCCACUAAAGCUAUUCACUGUUAACAUACUGUGACAAAAUAUUUUUAAACUCUGUGUUAUUUCAAGGUAAACAUCUCACAACAACAGAUAGCUUAAGUGUUUACUCUCAGUUCAGUCAGUAAAUCUAUAGUAAGUCUGAAUUUCGCAUGUUUUGCAUAUGUAUCAACCAUGACUGCAGAUUAGGAGCUGCAGAAUUUUUGAACACAGUACUUUUUCAUGCUCCUCAUGUGCCUGUUGCCAGCCAUAGAAUAAAAUAUAAUAAUAUCAAAACAUUAUCAAGCUUGUGAGUAUGUGAUGCAUGUAAGGAUGACUGUGAAACUGGUGACCCAUUUGUCCCUUAAAUGACAUCAGUUUCAGUUUGCAGAUGGUCUGGAAUGUGAGGCCUUGUUCUCUUUAUUGUACUGAGAUUCAUUGUUUGUGUGUCUGAACUGUUGUUUGUGAUGUAUAGGUAGAAUGCUUUUUUGUGCUGUCAAAGAAAUAAAAUGUUGUUUAAAUUUAAUUAUUGUAAAUGGUAUUGUCACAGGAGCCUAAAUGUUUGUUGUAAUUUUUGUAGUGUUUUCACUUGUGAGUAACAGUUUGGCUGGCAGAAAAUGUUAAUGUGAUUCUCAGGGACAUUUCUGUAAAGAUGUAGAAGGAAGGCUGCACUGAUUUGAGUUACCCAGAGAUCGAGGGAACUACUGGAGGUGCAAAGUGCACUGCUCUGCUGCUGCCUUCGUUUUGUUUCUGCAGCAGAGUCAGUUCAUUUUGCUGCAAACAGAAUGUGAUCAUUUCCCCUGUAUAUUUGUGUGGCAUUUUAGAAUGAUCAAUAGCCAAUGUACUAAUCAGAGUUUACUGUUCUGUUUCUUAUCGGUGCAGUUUGGGCAUUGCGAUAGGUAUUUUUAGAAUGCUCAAGGAACGAGGAAGAAGUGCUCCUCCUGUGUAGUAAUUGGUAUUGUUCCUAGUUAAAAUGUUGCCUUCCUGCAUAUGGUAAUUGCUUAUUAAUUGCGAGCCAUGGAACAAAAUUUGUGCUAAAUUUAGACUGCAAAAGAGAUUUCACACUGUACUGGAAGUAAUGUUCUUCAUUGUACACCAAAUCAUUCUUUUCUGCUGAAGUGUUUAAGACAUGUGUAAAGAUUGCUGUUAAUAUCCAGAAUGAUGUGCUAUGUGAUUCAGUUAUUCUCAUUAAUUAGAAGAUACCCAACACAAGUCUGAGACUUCAAAGCAUUCCUGUUAACACCUAAUUUAUUCUUCAUUGAUUUACUGCUUCAUUUAAUGUGAAGUGCAUUAAUAUUAUUUGUUUUAUUACAAGAUGUUUUCUUUCAGAGAUUAUAUAAAUAAGUGUUGUUUUGUUAUAGGAAAUUUAUAUUUCUGCCCACAGGCAUUUCAUUGGAAAAUUGUUUUGUACAUGCAAAUAUUAUAUCAUUUCAUAUAAGUUUAUAAGGUUGAACAGUAAUGCACCUUUUAUAUUGACCAGAAAUUGUGUCUUUGGUAAAUUGUAUGAAUGAUUAAGAAAAGAAGUCAGGAAACAUAUACUUAUUUAUUGCCCAUAGAAAUUUCAUGCUUUCUGCUUAAAGCAUAAUCAAUUUCACUUGAUUUUUCUUUGCAAUAUACCAUUACAGUAUUAUAUAUUAUGUGUCUAAUUGUUUUAUCAUGCUACUGUUACUGGGAUGCACAUUUGUGUACUGAAUAUUUCCAUAAAUACUCAGAACUCAUCUGAAAGAAAUAUGUGGUGUGAGACACAUAUGACGUUAGUUCUUUCCCCCUCUGUAAGAAAAGAAAAAGAAAAACCUGUCAAAAAUCUUUUCUGUAUGACCCUUUUAACAUUAAUGGCUAACCAAAUUUGGUCUUGCACACUCUUGUUCUAAUAUUGCUUGUACAUGAAAUGACAUUGAAAUGCAUGCUGAACAGAGUAUGUGAUAGAACCCAAAAAUAAACAGCACUUCUGCAGAACUGGCCCCUUUCUCAGGACACAGAAGAUACAAGCUGUCAUUUUUAUUGCACUGUCAUCACUCUGUUGUGUGAUACGUCCUAUCUCUGUCUACCACUACAAACAUCUGCACUUCUUAACUAUGUUAUUUCAAUCACAGUCAUUAACUAAUAUCCAUUUAGUACUAUUAAUAAGAGACAAUGAGAUAGUUUGAUAGGAACAGCCUGACACCCCCUCCGUUAACUGUUACGCUAUGUUUACAGCGUGCUUGAAAUCUCUUUCUAGAAAUAAGUGCAGUAAUACUCAGCUAUGAGUUGGCUGACAGUUUCGAGAAUUUUUAUGAAAGAUUAGCAGACACAGCUUCUUUUGCAGCCAACAGUGAUAUCAUUAGAUUUUUAAAAUUUGGUCUACUGUCUCACGUUAGUGUGGAUAAUAAUUAAACCUCUAAUUUUCAAUUAAUCAAAUAGAGUUCUUCGGAAGAAGGUUUAAUUUUGAAUUUUAUAGCUAAAGCACUGAAAGUAAUUGCUUGUGCUGUUCUACUGUAAUUCCCAUCUACAGUCAAAACUGCACUGUAUUCUACACCAUAAAGCUGUCUGUGCUACUUUCAUCAAUGUGGGACUCAUUUAGUAUUAGUUAUGUGAGCAUACAAGUGUAAAGCCUUUGUUCUCAACUUAUAUGGCACCUCAGAGUUCAAAUUUUACUACAGGAAGACUGCCUUUUCUAAAAGUAGUUGUGUGUAUUUUUCUGUAAUUAUAAUUGCUUCCUAAAGUUUUAAGGUUACACAACAGUAACACCAAUGAAUAAAAAUUAGCACAAAAUUGAAUGUAAAAGUGACUUAUUAUUACUUUUAUAAAUUUAAAAAUGUUUAAUACCUAUUUUAUUACUAAAAAGAUAGAACUGCAUCCAAUCACAGAGUUUUAAAUAAACUAUAAGACUUCGAAGUGUUAGCUAAAUUGAUAUGUGUUUCAUAUAGUGGCAGAUUUGGAAAAAUACUCUGUUUAUCUCUUAACAUUAUGCUAAAUGAGCUAAGACAGUUUCAUAGACCACAUGGAAGUAAUAUCUGCAUGAAAGAGUGCAAUAUUAGUGUGAGUAAUAAAAUGAUGUGGUUCAUGUAAAAAGGAAAUUGUUAUUUUAUUUGUUUUUGAUGGUUGUAUCUUUUAAUUUGAAGACAAUUUCAUUCAUUUUUGUAAUUGUUCACAUCUUGUAGUUUUUCUGGUGAAUAAUGGAAGAACGCCCAUCGUGUGUUCACACUACAUUCACCAUCCAAAUGUGAAAUCUUUUAUAUGGGAAAUACAACAUCAAAUUUUGAAUUGGUGGUUAAUUACAUUUAAGUUUGAAGGACUGAGUAGUAGUAACAUGGAAUAUGCUUGUAGUAUACUUUUGUUGUUAGUGAUGGUUCUCACAGUCUUGUCAAGGCACUUAAGCUCUCUCAUAUGCUGUUUCCUGUUUGAGGUAAACAGUCGAUAUACGUGAACAGAGAAACAUGUAUGUGUAUUAUUCUGCUAGGAGCAGAAAUGACAGAAUUACAACAGAGAUGACCAUCAAGACACAUCUGUAAAGAACCCUGUUCCUCCUCUUCUGAACAGAGUGCAAUUCUUGGGACAAAUUGUGUAAUUAUGGUUGUGAUGAGUAAUGUGUCAAUGAUUUAAUCUAGUCAAACUGAUAUGAAACAUGUGGUCUGUGAAAUAUGUGUGUAUAGAUUAUUUAUAAUUUUUAAUGUACAUGGUUUAAUGUAAUGUAAAAUUAAGCUUAGUUUCAGUUUUAGUUUCUUAGCUGAAGAAAGAUGGUGUUGCAUAAGUUGGGAACCAAUGCUGUUUGUAAUAAUUUUGUUUUCUUUUUGUUUUUACAGUAUGCUACUGUAUCACAAUUGUGUUACAUGUUGUAAGGAUGCCAGGCCCUAUGGGUUCCUGCUAACAAUACUUGUGUGUGUGUGUGUGUGUGUGUGUGUGUGUGUGUGUGUGUGUGUGUUUUGCCAUUUAACAGACUGUGGAUUGUAUAGUAUACCUGUGCGGAUGUUCAGAUUGCAACAGCGUGAGUUGUGAAACACAUUUUUUUGCUUCUUUUGUAUGCUAUAUAGUUGGUACAUAAUCAUGUAUCAUGUAAAUACAGUAUAUACAUAUAUAAAUACUAUAAUCGUGUAUAUAAAUAUAUUUGUUUAAAACAGAGAAAUGAAAGACGUGAAAAUACAGUGGAAGUGAUGAGAAA